AAGUUACAAUUAAAUUAAUCUUACCUGAGGAUUAGAUUAAGAUUAUGAUAAAAGUUAAUCUUAAUCACCAUAAUUUCAUCAAAAUCCAAGUUCGAACUUAAUUUCAAUCUAAUCUUCAGGUAAGAUGCUCUUUUCUCAACGCUGAUAUAUUGUCAGAAUCGUGAUGAUUAUGACAUCAACAAUUUAAUUAGCAACUAAUUAGAAACAAAAAUCUAAAUUGAUUGUCAAUCUGAAUUCUGUUACUAUGUAAUGAUGAAUGAUUUAACUUUACGAUCACAUGUUUAGUUCAUACAAUCAACUCAUGAUCACAUAAAUUAAACUUUAAAUGGUUAACAAUUAGUUAAAUUGUUAAUCAUUUUCAGGUGAUUACAUUUGACUUGAAAUUAUUAUCCUGGUAAUGGUAAUAACAAUUAACAAGAAUUGAUGAGAAAAGUUUAUGUUUAAUAUCAGGUGAAUGAGAAAAGCUGAAAAACAAGUUUACUUUUGAUCAUCUUUUCCAACAACAAUCAACAAUCAACAAUCAACAAACCAUUGAAAGUGUAAAGGUUUGAUUGAGAGAAAAGAAAGAGAAAAAAAGAAAGAGCAAGACAAGAAAAGAAAGAAAAGAAAGAGGUUGAACCAGAUCUUCUUCGGGAACAUAUGAGUUGCAAUUGGAAUUGGACCUUGGUAACAAAUAUCUUUUUUCUUCUCCUUUUAAAUUGUUAUUCUUUUUCCCUGAUGAUUUAAUCAACAAUUAACUUGUUCCUCUAACCAGUUGAAUUAAUAUCAAUCCAGUGUGACAACCAGAAAUCAACAAUUUCCAACGUCAUCAUCACUAAUCAUCAUCAUCUUUUUGUGAAUCAUUUGUUUUCUCAUUGUUUCUGUUUACAUUUGGUUAUCCUAAUUGCGACCAUGACUUAUACCGAGGAACCAGCAACAACCAUUGAACAAUCAACUGUAACACCAAUUAAAUUGAUUGAUAAGAUAGUUAAUUAUCGCAGUGAACAUGGUAAACCCUUUUUCUCAUUGGAAUUUUUUCCACCACGAAAAGAAACUGAAUUAAAUUCAUUCUGGCCUCUAUUGGAUAAUCUCAAGAAAGGUAAUCCUUUAUUCGUGGACAUCACUUGGCAUUUACGAACUUCAAUCGACCCAGAUAAUUGUUAUUCCAGUUUAGCAAUUGCAAAUUCAAUAAUUAAACGUUUCAAUGAUGAAACAAUUCUACACUUAACUUGUUCACAAUACGAUUUAAUCACCAUGGAAUCGAUUCUUAAUACAGCUAAAUCAUUAGGGAUUAAAAAUAUACUCGCUUUAAGAGGAGAUAAACCAACACAGGAAAAGGAAGAGGAAAAAAUUGAAGAGAAACAAUUAGUUAACCUAAUCAACGGCGAUUCUAAUGAUUAUCUAAGUCAAAGAAAAUCUGGUGAACAAUUAACUCCAGAAAUAAAUCCAAAUUCAACAGCACAAUCACCAUCAUCAACAACAAUCAGUAAUGAUGUCAAGAUUGAUCAACCAUUGGUCAACAAUGAAUCAGUUGAUAAAUUUACUUGUGCUCUUGAUUUAGUUAAAUUCAUCAGGGAAAAAUUUAAUGAUUACUUUACCCUUGGUGUUGCUGGUUAUCCUAUGGGACAUCCUGAUGCUAAAUCAUAUCAAGAUGAUUUAAAUUAUUUGAAGGCAAAAGUUGACGCUGGUUCUGAUUUCAUCAUUACACAAUUAUCGUUCUCAGCUGAUGAAUAUAUCAACUUCAUUAAGGAUUGUCGGAAAAUCGGGAUUAAGGUUCCAAUUAUACCGGGAAUUUUCCCGAUUCAGACCAAAGUUUCGCUUCGUAACAUCGCAAAAUUAACUCAAGUUGAACCAUCAGAGGAUAUUAAAAGUGCCUUCGACUCUUGUUCGGGAAACUCUGAACAGCUAAGACAAUUUGGCCUCGAACAAGCGGUUGAUCUUUGUCGAAAGGUGAUCGAUUCUGGCCUGGAUGUACCUGGUUUCCAUUUCUAUUCACUUAAUCGUGAUGUUAAUUUAACUGAUAUUCUCAAGCAACUUGAUCUAUGGAAUCAACGAUCUGAUGAUGAAUUAACGAUCCAAACUCAAGAAAACAAUUUACCGAAGGUUAAUUGUCAAUCUGUUGACAAUUUACCGGUCGAAUUGGUCAUCUCUCAAUAAUCAAUUUCUAAUCAAUAACAAUAAUAGUGAUCAAUUGAUUUGCUACUGAAUAACAAUGGAAAAGGUUCUAGAAUAAUUAAUGACAAUUGGACAGAAUUUGUUUACAAUUAACUCAAAUUGGACAGUCAAACGUAUCAACUGAUUUCUAUUUGUUAAUCAUCUACAAUUAUACUUUAUUCAUUCAUGACAAUUUAUCAUUAAUCAACUAAUCUCAUUCAUCAAUGAUGAAAAUGUUUUAAUUACUCUUAAUCAAUUUCUUACAAUACAAUUAAUAUAAUUGGGCUUGGUUAAUCAUCAUCUCUCAACUUGAUGACCAAGAUAAUCCUGUUAACCAUUAUGAUGAUUAAUCUCAAUGAUUUAAAUAAUCUCAUUCUUAUUAUAAAUUAUAAUCUCGUAACAAUUAAAUAUCUUUUUUGAUUUCCAAUUAUAAUUUAAUCAAUUGACUGGAGAAUCAAUGGAAAUUUUUAAAUUCUAAUUGAACAUAUCUCUUGAUAACAAUUAACCAAUUACUAAAUUACUAAUCUAUAUUUUAUGUACUCACUAAUCACUGAUUUGUGUUAAUAUAACAAUUUGUAACAAUUAAAUUAAUUUAUUAUCUUCUAA